UUACAACUACUAGUUCUUUUCCAAAAUGACUUCAAGUCGCUCUCUAUCAUAUUCUAUUCAAGAAGACAUACACUUAUGUCAUGUCUAUCUUGAUGUUUCUCAAAAUCCAAUAAUAGGCAUAAACCAAAAAGGAGAUCAACUUUGGGCAAGAAUUGAAGCUGAAUAUCAUAAAUCCGAAGUUUGUCGUCUUCAGCCAAGACCAAAAAGAUCUUUACAAACUCGAAUGACGUCAAUUCUUGCUGCAGUCUCAAAGCUGAGAGGAUGCGUUAACCAGAUUGAAAACAAGAAUCCUAGUGGUGCUUCCGAAAAAGACAUUUUAAACCAAGCGAAUAUGUUACUAACUCAAUAUGAAACAUACAAAAGGGGAUUCAAAUUCGAUCAUGUCUGGCCUAUCCUUAAAGGCAUUGAGAAGUUUUCCAAUAAGAACACUAAGACGCACACUUCAUUCCAAGAAGAAGGUCGUGAUGUUUUGUCAUCUUCAUCGUUUUCAAUCAAUACCGAGUCAUCGCCUUCCCCUGGUAUGAAUUCAAUUGAUCUAAAUAUGGAUAAUGAAGAAACCAAUUUUCAUUCUUCAAGACCUAUGGGUUUGAAAAAAGCAAAGAGGAAACAACAUUCUGAAGAACAGUUUAAACAAAUUUUGGAGCAAAAUGAUAAACUUAUCAAAGCUAUUACGAAAAGCUCUUUUGAAAGAAAUGAAAUUCAAAGGCAAGCAAGAAUGAAAGAAGAAAAUAAAAUAUUAUUUUCUGAUUUGAAUUCUAUAAGUGAUCCAGCCUCUCGUGCUUAUAUUGAAAACGAAAGAAGAAGAAUUUUGGGGAAAAGAGCACAAACAAACCAACGUGAAGAAGAUGGUGAAGGUUCUCAAUAUCAUGGAUCACAAUAUCGUGCAUCUCAUUAUCAAGAAGGUCAGUCUCAUGGAAAACAAGUUCAAGGAGAUGGCGAUCAAGGUGAAGAUCAAAGAUCACCAAAUGAUCAAGAUGAUUAUACCCCAUAUUACAAUUAUCUUAAGUGAAGAUGUUUUUU